AAGGGUUUCUGAAGCCAGAUUUACUACAACUGUAACUGGUACAACAAUAAUUAUAGAGAUCUAGACAUAUAGCUAAGUUCAGCUAGAAACCAGAAGUAAUCAUGAGAGUAGCAUUUGCAUUCUUGCUGAUUUGUGGAGUGGUAAUUUCACUUGCUUCCAGCAGCACCCAGUUAUCACCAAGUUCAACUCAACAACUAAAUGUAACUUUUACUUUCGUCACUAACUCUACUGCCAAUUGUAGCACAGGAUUGAGCCACACUGGAGUGUUUGUACUGAUUGAGUAUCGUCUAUUGUAUAGCCCAUGGAAGCUGCUCAAGAGAGUCAGUCUGGAUGAUACAGGUUCAGGUGGCUGCUUUAUAUCAAAUGACACUGUAAACAUCAUCGUCAAUGACACGGACCCUGAGUCGGUACAGCUGCGGAUCGUUCAGCCAGAACACAGUGGUGGUCUCUGCAACUGCUGGGGAGUUAAGGACUUCAGUCUCAAUGGAAUGCCUCUGCACAGUGAAGCAGCUUGUGACUCAGUACAGUACACAAGCGUAACAAAAGACAGCUGCUCUGUACAGUUCUGUGGUGGCAGUGCCAGUGUGCCGAGAGGAGUGGUCUUUCCUCCAGUGAUUCUGAGCUCUGGGACAGUACUAAACUGCUCUGAUGUUAUAAAUGGGUCUGCAGUCACCGAUGACAAAGGACCACCCCCCACCACGUGUUCUGAUAAUGAACCAAAAAUAAAUCUAUCGUUUGAGUUGAAUCUACUACCGGGUAAUUGUGAGUCUGAUAAGUUCUUUGAUGAGGGUGUAGAGGUUUCCGUUGGCAACUGGGAAAAUGAUGGCCAGUGGAUUCCACUGAAAUUCUUUGCAUCAUCAUUAAUGAGACCCCCUGCACAUCGAAAAUUAAAUAUUGAUAUUGAUCCUCAAAAUAUUGAUAUUAGUCCUUUUGCCCAGAAGUCAAUUAACAUUCGUGGCUACACUGUUCCAAUCGUCAUGCAGAACAACACUAAUCCUUUGUACGUGAACUUUUCGGUGUGUGGAAAUGAUAUAGUUCGGAGUGGUGUUCAGUUUCGAUGGCUUCAAACUGCAUCAGUGUUUGUUACAAGUGUGUACGGCAACGACAUAAGGGAUGUUUGGACCAUGAAUAGUGUGUCUACCUCCAACCCCAUCUGUGUAUCCAAGAACACCGUGCAGGGGAGAGUAUAUUGGAGCAGUGAUUUCAGAAAUAGUGAAUUUUCAGAUGUGUGCUCAAUGGGCACUAAUGAACUUGUUUUUGGUGCCACUUGUGUGACAAAUGAUUGCUUUAUGAGGCAACAAAUCACAGUCAGUCGAAUAGCAACCACUGUCCCUCUGAAUGUCUCUAUGGCCCCACCCCUGGCACCCAGUACAGCUGUUCAGCUCUGCCCUACAGAGGAUCGCUUUAAUGUACAGGUAAUAGCUGACUAUGAGGCAACUGCCCGGGAGGAACUGGCAACUGUAUACACUUUAGUGAGGAAUAACAUCGAGACUAGCUCCACUUUCCAGAUAAUUUCGAACCUAACACCUGCACAAGCUGCUAGAGCCCUGAGGAAGUUUGUGACGCAGAACCCACAAUUCAACGAGACAGUCGUCGUCCACCUUCUGAGUGAUAUAGUCAUACGUGUUGAGAACAGUGAUGAUAUCAUUGAUGAUAUUCGUGGCUUUAGUGAUGAUUUGCUGGAAGUGGCCACAAUAGUGAUUGCAAGUACUAUCACCAGAGAAGAAUCCAACACUAUUGCUGGCAGUACCCUGCUAGACACUGUCGAGAGGAUAGCCUUCAACGUACUCACUGCAGAUGUCAUGAUUCCCUCAAAAGAACAAACUGAAGUCGUUAAUUUUGAGACCCAAGUGGAUAGUGAAGAUACAUUCUUGACUGGUAUUGAUGUGAGGGGCAGCUCUAUUCGAGUGCCCACUGAGUUAGUGAGAAUAGUGGCUAACGGAACAACUGGACCAAUCACCGUGGCCUCAGUCUACUACAGGAACAUGAGUGGGCUGUUGCUCGGGACUCUGCCGGGAGAGAGGGACACUGAUCUAGCAUCUCCAGUGGUCUCCACCAGUCUGCAGUGCGGGGAUAAGAUCUGUGACACAGCCAACAUUCAACUCAGUCAGCCAGUCAUUGUGACACUGAAACACAGUCAACGUGCAAAAGAUCGUAUUGAAAAUGACACUGCCAGUGAAGUGACUUGUGUAUUCUGGCAGUUCAUCAGAGUAAGUGGCAAUCCUCUGGCUCAUGGACGAUGGGACACUAAAGGUUGUGUGAAAAAUGGCAACCUUUCCAGCUCCACACAAACCGUGUGUGAGUGCACACAUCUCACCAACUUUGCCAUUCUCCUCAGUGCACGGCCACUCAACCAACCUUCUAGUGUGGCCUUGUCUCUUUCAAUCAUUGGCUACAUUGGAGUGACUAUCUCUGUGAUAGCCAUGCUGGCUACCAUUUUGGCCCUGGCCUGUUUGAGGUCUCUUUGGAGCAUGCGUAACUUCAUCCACAUCAACCUGUGUGUAAGUCUAAUUCUGGCACAGCUGACAUUUGUGAUUGGGGUGACCCCUCACGGAGGAGGACUUACGGUGGAUCCUGGUUGUCAGACUGCAGCAGUUCUCAUGCACUACUUGUUCCUGGUGUCCUUCAUGUGGAUGCUCAUGGAGGGGGUGGUCUUGUAUGUUGCCCUCGUCAAAGUCUUUGUCAAGCACCAAAAGAGAUACACUAUUGGCUUCUUUCUGUUUAGCUAUGGUGCUCCUCUGCUGUACAUGGUUCUCUGUGUUCCCCUGGGCUUUGCAGUUCCUCGCCUGGUGGAUAGUUAUGGCUACAUACAAAAUGCCAAUGACACCACUGCUAUUCCUAAUGUAGUAUGCUGGCUGAAUCCCUAUUCUAACUUUGCUCUGACUUUUAUUGUGCCAGUGUUGUUGGUAAUCUUAUUGAAUAUCGGCUUUUUAAUCAUGGCACUGGCCAUCAUGUGCAGACACUCGGGAAGGCAGACCCACCAGUCAAAGCUGGACAAAGUAAAGUAUUGGUUGAAGUCCUAUGCAUCACUGAUCACUGUCAUGGGUCUGUCAUGGAUAAUUGGUGUUCUGUUGCUUGGGAUCCCUGUAUUGCUCCCUGUAUUGCUCCCACUGGCGUACAUCUUCACAAUCUUUGUUGCAUUUCAAGGACUGGCCAUUUUCAUAAUAUUUGUCCCCCUUUCCAAGCAAGUGAGGGAGGCAUACUCUAAAUGGUGGAAAGUCAAGGUGGCAGAGUCGGACAUUCUCAGCAAACACUUUGGAGAGUUUUCGACAAUACAAUUGAACUCGAAGAAUGGUACUCACGUUACUAAAGCAGAUUUCCCAGUUAGUAUGAAUCACUCUCAACACCUCUCAUGCAAGGUUGAUAUAACCAUGGAUACAGAUUAUCAAGGCUCAGUUGACAAUAAAGAGUCUACAAAUGGUUCCGUUGGUGAGGAUGUGUGUGAUGCUAAUGGAGCUACAGCAACGAAUGGUGUUAACACAAGUGCUAAGUUUACUACCUUUUGAAGUCAGAACAAUUAUACUUAGUAAUGUGUUGAUUUGUGCUUUUUGUUAAAAAUUGACCCACAACAACUUUUGUUGACUAGAUUUCUAAAUCAUUUGCACUUUCAAAGUCAUUGAUAAUUUGUUCAAUUAUAAUAACACAAAAUAAUGCAUUCCACUUA